GAACGACAGAUCUUUUAUAGGCGAAACAAAACGAACUCAAUGAAAUUGAUUGUGGAAGACACUCGCAGUUUUGGAACGUAGAAAGAAAGAGAAGACAAAAAAAAAAAGCAAAAAUCAAUUUGUGACAGCAUUAGUUAUACUUUGUGAAGUGCUUGGUUGUACUAACUGAUUCAUGUGACAAAGUGUAGCGUAAUAAAUUUAAAUAAUUUAAAAAAAUUCCCUUGAAGUGUCUUUCGGCAACAUAUUGUGUAUGGAUAUAGUUAUAUAAAUAAGGCGUGCUGCAACAAUAAAGUGUCAACAUAAGGAGAAAAUUAAAAAUUCUGUUGCCGGCCUAAUUUCAAGAAAACACCAAACGUAACAACAACAACAAAAGCAGAAAAACUUCUUUACCAUUGAAAGGCAACGCAGGAAAUACCAAAGCUUAAACGCAACUCGAAUUUGUUUAUGUAAUCCAAAAUUAAACAACAACAGCAACAAAAAGCGCACAUCAAAUUUUAUUUUCGGGAAGAAUUCUCUGCUAGAAAUUCAAACUAAAAGAUUCGAGUUCUUGUGCCUUAGCAAAUUAUAGUGAUUAAACUGACGCAAAUUUGUUGAAAAACUUUAACCGCAAAGUGUCCGCAAAUAGAAAUUGAAAACUGUGCACAAUGUCGGAAGCUGAAACUGCCGUUAAUCCCGCCACCACCACCGCCAGCGUCGAGGCGGAGCAGGAGCCGGAAAAGACCGUCACUCAAACGGUGGACGAGGAUGAGGAUAUGAAGGAGGAGGUCUCCGCCGAAACGGAGAAAAUGAUUACCGAAACGGUUGACGAGGACGGCGAUGUGGUCGAGGAGACCACCGAGGUUACGCGUAAAACCAUUAAGCGCACUAUGAAAAUUACUGAGACUUCAUCGACAACCAAGACCUCCACUCUCACUACGCCUGCCAAAUUGUACGGCAAGGAUUUGAGCGAGUAUGAUGAGGUUGAUGUUGAUGCUCUGCUGGCGCAAUUGUCACCGGAAGAAAUCAAUAUUUUGGCCAAAGAAGUCGAUCCCGAUGACAAUUUCCUGCCACCCGAUCAACGUUGCAGUUAUGAAUGCGACAAAGAUCCCACUGGUCCGUUGAAUCGCAAAAAGCUUAUCGAGCAUAUUAAUAAGCAGGCCUUAGAAACACCCGAUGAGCCCGAAUUUGAGCCGUAUGUCAAGGGUACAGUACGUGGCAAGAAAUGGGUACCACCACCAAGAGAUGAAAGUGAAGUUGCCGCUGAGGAACAGAUCGCCAUCGAUUUGGGUGAAGAGUAUGAGCAUGCGCUGAGCGAUGCCACACAAGAAGAGAUUAUCGAUCUGGCUGCUAUUCUUGGCUUCCACUCGAUGAUGAAUCAGGAUCAAUACCAUGCUUCUUUGUUGAACAAAGGUCAACCAGUUGGCAUGGGAUGGGAUGGUAUUACAAAAUCAACUCAACCAAAAUUGUUCCCCAUGGACCCACCAAAUAACACAGAUGUCGAAGAAUCAAUUAAACGCGUAAAAGAUAACGAUUCAAAAUUAAUUGAACUGAACUUAAAUAACAUUAAGAACAUUUCCGAUGAGAAAUUGGAACAACUUUUCCAAGUACUGCCUGAAAAUGAAAAUUUGGAAGUUCUUUCCUUAACAAAUGUCGGCCUUACCGACAAGACAGCUCUCUUACUGGCUGAAGCAAUUGAGAAAAGCAAAACCUUGAGAGUAUUAAAUGUUGAGACGAAUUUCAUUAGUCCGCCUGUUAUAGUGACCUUAGUGAAAGCCCUGCUCAAGUGCCGCACAAUUGAAGAGUUCAGGGCCUCCAAUCAACGAUCCUCAGUGCUCGGUAACAAGAUCGAAAUGGAAAUAACCGAAUUAGUGGAAAAGAAUCCAUCAUUGCUCAGAUUGGGUCUGCAUUUGGAGUUCAAUGACGCACGUCACAGAGUUGCCGCACAUUUGCAGCGCAAUAUCGACAGAAUUGUACGCGUGCAAAAAUUGAAACCGAACUUGCCGAAAUUGAUUGUGCCGGCUAAUAUGGAGCUGCCGCCAGCAUCAACGCCAUCGCCAUCUUCCUCACCGUCGCCAUCGCCGCAGCCACGCAUUGAAUUCGACCUUGAGGAGGACGCCGACCAUGUGGUGGGUGGCGAUGACUUUGAUCCUGAGAUUGAUCCGGACAAUAUGGUCUUGCCGGGUAGCCGUGCCGUGACACCCAGCUCCGAACUGCAAUCACCAUCACCGGCGUUCAAUCAAAGUGCCAACAGUUACAACGCACUCAUGUGGCCGCCUACGACGUUUGGGUCACUUCAGCCGCAACUACACUGUUGGCGCUUGGCAGUAGAAGGCAUGCAGAAGGCAAAGUGGAAUGGGAGCGCAGCAAGCCGAGGCCCUUAUUUAUACACACAUACCUAAUCGUACGACUUCAAAAAGCAAAUAGCUAACAUCAAUUAUAAUCCUAGACUACUUGAAUGCUAAAGUUACAUAUGCAGUUGCAGCAUUUAUAAUUCACGUUUAUUAAAGUUUGUAAACAAAACUCAGGCACCCAUGCAUGGGCACUAACACCAUCGCAGGGCUCGGAGCAAAAUGCACACACACGCUUUAUUAUUCUCAAUGAAAAUGCUUAAAAAAUGCAUACGGUACAUAACAGCCGAUCUGCUAUAAAAUAUAAAUGUUUGUUUGUUUUCUUAGCUUACCUACACACAUAUUUGCAUAUACGUUGUACACAUAUAUGCGCGGUUAAAAUGCUAUUUUAUACUUACAUUUUAUCGAAUUAUGUUUUAAAAACGCGCAUAAUAUGUGCGCACAUGCGCAGAAUUAGUUUUAUUUAUGUUACUAGUUUAUUGUUGAGGUUAUUUCAUUUGUAUCACACACAAAUUGGUGUCUAAUUGUAAUUAUGUUUAUAAAUUGUAUGCGCUCCGUGGCGUUUUUGUUCCUUUGAACGCAAAAUAUUUGUAAAAAAUCAUGUAAUUUUCAUAGUGAAACUUUUGGACCACACCCACACAACACACAUAUACCCACAUACAUAUAUGGUUGUAUGUUUAACAGAUGCUGCCAGUAAAUGUACUAAAUGCAUGGUUAGUUUAUAAAAAUAUAUACACUUAUAUAUUGUACAGUCAAGUGCAAAUGCGUUCGAUUUGUUUUGAAGCCACUCAGAAAGGGAAAAUGUCCAGAAGUUUAACCCAACCUGCCGUCUCUACAACCUAUCACGCACUUGCGGCAAUAAGCUGUCAUAUUGUUUAAACCUUAUCAAUGACAACUAGAAUAAUUAUAUAAAAACUUCAAGAGUGAGCUUACAGUGCUAAGUGGCUGUUAGUCCACCAAACUGGCAAAUCAUGGCGUCUGAUUUGCAUUUUCGCACGGUUUUCCGCGCAAAUGUAAAAAAGUAUUGCGGUGUAAGAAGCAAACUUCAAUUGCUUAGUACCAAGCAUACGUCAGCUUUCUUGAAGCACUCGAUAGGCAAUUUUUUUUUUUUUUGCACAUACGCCCUACUUUUGAAGUGUAGAGAAAUUCUUUAACAUUUAAUAAACUUCUUCAAUAAGAGAAAAAGAGAAGGCGAAAAAUUAAAUAAAUUUAACAUCAACAAAUUGCAAUCAAUUUGGUUCAAGUCAAAAAUGAUGGUGAAUGGCUUGACGGUAAAUUCAUUGAAUUCUCAACUCCACACAAGAACAUUGAAUUUCAUGUUAAAAAAGAAAGAAAACUCGUAAGUGUGUUGUGUGCUCACGUAUUUUACUGCACUGCAAAAACUUACCACACAAAUCUAUAAACACUCACCCACCCAAAUACACAAACAACAACUGCACACGCAUCAGAUGCACAUAGUACACACACACAUAUAGAAAACACACAUAUAUGCAUACAUAAAGCUAAUAGAGCUUGUACUUGCAAUUAUUCUGUUCAUUCAUAAUUCUUAAAA